AAAAAAAUCAUUCUGGAUUUUGCACAUGGAGAUGGUGUGUAAAUAAUCUCUUUUGCGCUCCUGAUUUUGUCGCUGCGAGGACAGCAAGAUGAUCUUGGACUUCGGUACCUCAAGGGAAAAAUUCUUCUCAGUGGUUGCGUCCACCGGAUACUCGACACACGGCUGACAAUCCGCCAAUUCCGACGAAAAUGUGGAGCUGACAUAGAGUACCCUUUAAAGCAGCACAAUGAGCUCCGAGAUGAAAGCCAUGAGUUCCAAAAUGCAGCACACAGGAGAGACCUUGGACAGCUGCAAAAGGUUUUUCAGAGGCAUUGCAGAGGCGGCCCGCCAGUUGGAGGAACAGCAGUCGAGGGUGGCAAACAUUUCGCAACUCUUCAGCACAGAACUGGUGGCCAAGAGGGCCAAAAUCGUCGACCAUGCUGCCAAACUGGCCCUCAAAGAGCCGAAAGUGUUUGGCAAGAAAUGCGAAGACGUCUUCUGGAGGAAGAUUUUCUACAGCGCAUAUGUGCGGGCCAAACAGCUAAAAAAAUCAACCAAAAUAGAAACCGAGGAUUCGGCCUUGAUCAGGCACUUGUUGGCCGGAGUUGGAUUCUACCACAGCUUUAUUCUGAAAGUCCAGGCCGAAUAUCAAGUGGACGUUACAGUGGAUUUGGGCAUCACGCCUGGAAUGCAACAACUUUCAACUGAUCAAAUCAAAUAUAAAAAUCAAGAUAGUUGCGGUUUAGAGUGGGCGGUGCAAGCACUGCAGAGGAGUUUGAUUGCUCUUGGAGAUUUGCAUCGUUAUCUGAGCACAAUGUCGCCUACUUGGAGUGGAGUUCAGUCCGCAAGAUUUUAUGUUUUGGCAUCACAAGUGAAUCCUAAAUCAAGCAUGCCAUUUAAUCAAUUGGGAACUUUGGCUUCAGCCCAAGGCAAAAAGUUUGACGCCGCAUACUUCUACCUUCGUUGCCUGGCAAGUGAAUCACCUUUUGAAGGAGCAGAAGCCAAUUUGCGCCAGGCGCUGAAAAGUUCAACAAGUCAGCUGAAGGCUGGUUCCCGAGAGCAAGUCAAAGUGUUCUUGGCUAAAUUUUUGAGUCUGAUUGACGCCUGGUGGUUCAAUGACAAAAUCAAGGACAUCAACGUGAUGUUUGAAGAUUGCAUAAUGGAGUUCAAAGCCAACCUGACUCUUAUCAAGCCAGUCGCCUUGUCAGCCACAGCUGCCGAGUCAAUAGAAAAUUUGUUCAAAGAGGAGUUGGAGACAAGUCACUUCAGCAGCGAACUGCUGGUCAAAAUGAUAGCGAUCUGCUUGAUGACCCACCAUAAGCUGGAAAAGCAACAUCCUCUCCAAGCCUCAUCCAUGGUUGUGUUCAUUCUGAAUAUUCUCAACUGUGUGACCAAAAAAUUGGUCAACUGCUCAGCUCAGGUUGUGGAGAAAAAGCCUCCGGCUAAAAAGAAGCAGAAGGUGAUGCAGAGGAGGAAGAAAAUUGCUGGAAAUUGUUCUGAGGGAUCUGAUGAGAGUGAUGUCGAAUCCAACAACCUGUCGGCUUCAAGUUCGGAAUCUGACAGCGAUUCCGUUGAGUCGGUGGCAAGUUCCAGUGAUGAGGAGGAGGUGGAAAAACAGCCUAUUCUAAAAAAUCAGGACUUACCUGCUCUGGGAUGCAUGAAAAUCUGCUGCGACUGGCUGCAAACAAAUGAGAGCGUGCUUGGAAUCUUCUUCGCUAAUUUCCGGCCCUUGUUUGAUGACUUCGUUGUAUUUUUGAAUGCAGUGGCACAUGACUGCUCUUUGGUGCUAGAGAACAUAAAUAUAAACGGAUCGUUUGAAGAGGUUCUCAAAUCUAUGGAGCCAUAUCCCCUGCCUGAGGACGUUGCUCUUCGAGGUCACGAGGUUGUUGAUCAGUCAUCGAUAAAUUGGUCGCUGUUCAAUUCUUCCCCAUUUAAAAGUGAUAUGUUAAUCAGAAUGAUCAAGUUGGUCAGUUUUGGCAUCUACAUGACAAACUCCACUCUGGUGGGAUUAAAAUUUGAUUCAGAAACAAAGACAUUCUCGUCUGUCGAGAAUUUCAUCGCUCCCAAGGAAAACUCCAAACCUAAAAAACAGCCUCCAAAUAAAGACCAACAGAAGAAACUGAUGCAAAACAUGGGGCAACUGUGGCUUCAGGAAGAAGUUAGAAACCUGGAGAGCAGGGUGAGCAGAAGCCAAGGCAACUGCACGUUUUCCCCUUACAUCGUAGUUGACUCGUCAGCUCUACUCACAAACCUCCACCUAGUCAAACAGCUUGUUCUCGCCAGAAAAUUUGUAGUUGUCAUCCCUAUCACAGUUCUAGAGACUCUUGAUGAUUUGAAAAAGGAGAGUGCUAAAGCAAGGGAAGGGAUUCGCUGGCUGGAGAGCCAGUUUCAAAAGGGAAAUAGAUUUUUGAGAGCUCAAAGAUCAAACGAGGCUCUUAGUAUUCCUCUCAUUAAGUGUCCUAAGAAAAAGGACAAAGAAGCUUGGGUGUUUUUCCAAAUCCUGGAGUGCAGUAAUUAUCUCUGUCAGCAAGUCUCGAGAGAGAACCAGUCGCCAAACACCAACCUGGUGACGUUGCUUUGCGGAAGCCUCGAGUCGAACCAAAAGGAGUUCAGCCCGACAGGUCUGGCAGCCUCAGCAGGAGUAAAACUGGAAACAAUUUCAGAAUUCUACCAAAAGUGGAAAAGUUCCAAGAAAAAUGCUGGGUGAGAUGUAAAGUUCCGACUUAUCUUAUUAGUUUCCAAAGGUUAUAUACUUUUGACAGUGUGUUAAACUUUUCAAUUCAAAACAAUAAAAUACAGUUCAACUUGAGUGUAAAUGGGAA